GUUGAAGCUAAAUAAUACACAAAUUAGAAAGGACUCAAAGAUGAUUUAAAUGCUUUGGACAGACAGCCUUGAUGUCUCACGUUGUACCCGUAAGUACACAUCUGAUGUACUGAGAAAUUCUGGAUCUGGCCUAUUGCCUCGCCCACCAGCGCUGUUUGUACUACGUUUCCCAGUAAAGAGCUGCAAGUGUCAAGAUGGCAAACUGCAGAGGAAACAUGGGAGAGUUUCAGCCAUACAUGUUUGAGCCUCAGUCAGACCCAGACUCAGACGAGGAGCUUUUUGAGCACCAAAAUCAGAGACUAGCAGAUGUACCAGAGUGUGAAAGUGUGCGACACCCAGUCUUCACUGCCUCACCAAAUGAAGCUGAGCAGGAAUCUAGUGCUGCUGCUUCAGUCCAGUCAGCUAAAAAUGGAGAGAAAUCAGGGGAAAACAAUGCUGUUUGUCAAGACGAUGGGACGACAACCAACCAGUCACAAAAUGACCAAAAUAGAGAUUCUGAAGAAGAAGAGGAUGAAGAAUUUAGCACCUCAUUAAGUGUAGGAGACGGACGCUACCUGGUGGAUUUGGGGAGUCCGUCCGAGUUCAUCGUUGACGAAGAGUGCAUCCUCCAGCUGUUCAAGACAUGCAGAGAAUGCCACAAACCAUGUAAAUAUGUUAGAAAACAAGUCAAAGGACUGAAGCUUGUGGUGAAUCAGGCAUGCAGCUCGUGUCCAAGUAACUAUAAAUGGACUAACCUGCUCGAGGACGACGAGGAUUUCCAGAUAAAUGGAAAAGAUGUGAUACACGGACAGGCCAACUCGGCACUCAAGUAGUGAUACGAGCUAAGGUAGCGCCAUGUAUGAAGUGACGCUCCGCGCAGACCGUGAUUGUACAGACGUUUCUUUGAAGCAGGAAAAUGUUCCAGUUUAUCAUCUUAACUGGCGACACGGUGGACUAAGCAGCUGGAUGUCGGGGGACGUUGUGCUGCCUUUGUGGAGUUUGUCCAUUUUUCUCUGGAUAGUCGCAACUUCCCUGUAUGUUUGUACCCUUAUUUGUUUCCUGAUGCCAUCAAACACCAUCUAAUGCAAGCGAGAGGGGGGUUACCUCUGCUUUUGGUUAGUAGUGAGAGAGAGAUGGUUCCCUGAGCAAAGACAUUCUUCUCUUUUCGAGGAAAACUUUUAUCAGAUUUCUUAAUAUGACAUUAAUGUUUUGAUCUGGUUCGGUCCUUGUUACAGAGUAGUUUCAGAAUGCGCAGCUGCUUCGACAAGGGUUGUUGUCAAAUGUCAAAUAAUAUUGAAUAUUGUUUUAAUCACUUGUGCUUCAUUGUUAGAUGUUAAGCUCAAAACCUCAUUUGCACCUGCUAUAAAAAGGCAAUCUGUAUCAGGAAAUGCCAUCUGGGUAAUGCAUGGAACAGCACACAGGAUGCAUUAUGACCGAAAUGACAUUACAUGUGGAUGUGGUCACUGUGACUGGAUAUCAGCCAUAUGUAAAUGCUAUCCCUACCAAGAUGAAAUGUCACCAAACUCUCCCUGUUUACUUAAGCAAGCCUGGCAAAUAGUACAAAUAGUAGCAGUAAGGGCUGCACAGUUAAAUCAAAAUAUUAUCAAAAUUGCAAUAUGGCCAAGUUCGAAAUCCAAAUCGCAGGAGCCGUAAUUUUCUAUACCAGAUCAUAUCAAUUAUUAUUCAUUUGGACUUGAAAGAAUGCUUUUUUGGUAUAGACCCUGGUAAAACUCACAUUAUCAUCAUUUAUAUAUUUUUUAUCAGUGAAAAUAAAAUGCAAAAAUGACA